AUGUCGGAACGAAAGGUGUUGAAUAAAUACUACCCUCCGGAUUAUGAUCCGAGGAGGUUGCCUCGAAACAAGGGAGCAGGAGCCAUUGAGGAUAAGAUCAUGAUCAUCCGUACUAUGGCUCCAUUCCACAUGCGCUGCAAAACCUGCGGAAAUUAUAUCUACCGAGGAACCAAAUUCAACUCCCGAGUUGAAACUAUCAAAGGCGAAAAAUACCUUGGCACGAUUCCGAUCCGUCGAUUCUACAUUCGCUGCACCAAGUGUGUAGCUACCAUUACUUUCAAAACAGAUCCAGCUAAUCAGGAUUAUGCUAUGGAAUCGGGGGCGACGCGAAACUUCGAGGCUAAUAGAAUGUGGCAGCUCAUGGAAAAGCGCGAAGAAGAAGCUAAAGCGGAGGAAGAAAGGUUAAAUCCGAUGAUCGCACUGGAAAACAGAACUCAAAAAUCGAAUGCGCAACUCAUUAUGCAAGAAAACUUGGAGGAGAUUUUUGAGCUGGCGGAAAUGGCUGGAGACGCUGAUAAAGCGCAGCUAAAAGCGCUGAAAAAGAUCAACGACGAAAGGGAAUUCCAGCAAAAGCUUCAAGAAUUUUUGCUCGAAAAAGAUAUCAAUAUUUUAUCAGAGAGCCAACAAGACCUCUGGCGGCUUGGAAAGGAGGAUGAAAAGCAAGAGGAUCAAGAUCAAGUCGAUGUCUUGAACAUGCUCAAAGAUGUCAAGUCAUCUGACUACCUGACAUUGAACCUCGAAGAAGAGGAAAACCCGAUACUGAGCUCUAUCGAAGAUAAACGGUCACGUCAGCUGCGAGAAGCGCUGGACAAAAAAUCAAGUCUUAAAAAGUUUGGUUCAAUCGUGAAGGUCAAAGCGAAAACUACGGAGGGCAAGAAAAAGGGAAUGUCCUAUCGCGAGUUCCAAGAGCAAGUGAAGCGAAAUGAAGCCGCGAAAAAAGCCGCGGAGGCAGCAAAAGAAAAGGCAAAAGCUCAACUUGUUUCGGGAUUUGCUGGGUAUGGCUCGAGCAGUAGUGAUGAGGAAACAACUGACAACAAGGAAGAGAACGAGGAACCUACAAAAAUGGAAGAUGAUCAAGCUCCCACUAGAAUUCCAACAGAAGUAGAAGAAAUUCCAGAAAAUACUCCAGCUGAAAGUGAUAGUGAUGAGGAACCUCCUGCAAGCCUUCCCGCUGGAUUUUUCGCGAAACCCGAAGUACCAGAGCCAAAAGCCGAAGAACCAAAAGAAAAAGAGCCCGAAUCUAAAAAGCGAAAAGCUGAAUUUGGCAGCAACGACUUUUGGAACAACAUGAUCAAGAAGAAAAGCUAG